GCCAGCGGCUUCAGCUAGUCCUAAACCAACUACGCUACUACGGUAGCAACUAAAGGUGUUGUUGUGGUCUGUUAGCGUUGUUUUUGUAAUAUAUUUUUAAUCCUGUUGCUACCAUGGAGUCUGGCGAUGCAGGGCGAGGAGGAUGGAAGUCCAAGCCUGGCCAGCCACAGAAAAACAAGAUGAACAUGAAUAUUCUCCAUCAAGAGAAGCUGAUAGCUCAGAAGAAGAAGGAGAUUGAAGCCAGAAUGGCAGAGCAAGCCAAAAUGAAUGUGCAAACCACGAGCAAACCCCUGCUUCCAAGCAGCUCUCCCAGUCUACAAGGAGCUUCCUCAAACAAGUUUGCAAAUGAUGGCAGCUUCUUACAGCAGUUCAUGAAGAUGCAGAAGGAAAAAUCUAACAAUGUGUCCGGUUCCACCAACGAUACCAAAACUCCCUCAACUUCAUCACCAGGAGGAAACGCACUGCAAAAAAAGAGCAUUCUUGUUGGCAAGCGACCUGGCCUUGGAGUCAGUAGCAUGCUCAGUCAGUUCAAGAAUUAUUCACAAUCCAAGAAGAAUCCUGUUCUCAGCCAGAGGCCGAAUGUGUUUUGUUCUCCAAAUGGUGAAGAUGAGGAAGAAGAGGAUGAUUACUCUGGAUUCUUAGAGAUGAAAGUCUCUCCCCCAGAGGAUUCAGACACCAGACUCAUUAUUGACAAGAUGGCCUCUUUUGUGGCGGAGGGAGGACCUGAGCUGGAGGAAAAGGCCAAGGAGGACUACAGGGACAACCCUGUUUUCUCAUUUUUGUAUGAUAAGAGCAGCAUGGAGUAUCACUACUACACGAAAAGAGUUGCAGAUUUUAGAAAGACUUUGCUAAGACCUGAGAAUACAUCAGAUAAUGUCUCCCCCCCAGUGGACGCAGAAACCCAGCAAGUGGCUGAGAAACUGGCCAGGUUUGUGGCGGAGGGUGGUCCCGAGGUGGAAGCCAUCGCUGCUGAGCGCCACCGAGACAACCCUGCCUUCAGUUUUUUAUGUGACCACCAAAGUCCAGCCCACCGCUUCUACAAAGAGAAAAUACGGGAGUAUCGUGCUGCAGCCUCCCAGAGUUCUUCACCUCCAGCACCAGAGUUGGGGGUAGACCUUCUGCGACCAGCUGCACCGCCAUUACCAGGAAUCCCUCCACCGCUGAACCCCGCUUCUCUACCCCUUAUUCAGGAGGCAGAAACUCCACCUGUCAAACGGAAGAGGAAGAGUAGAUGGGGGUCAGAGGAUGACAAAGUCGAGUUGCCCAUUCCUCCCAUCAUUGUCCCUCAGGAAAUUAAUGUUCCAGACCCUAACGCACCCUCACUCUCUGCCCAGGAGCUAAGAGGUCUUGGUUAUAAGAAGGGAAAGCCUCUUGGUCUGGUAGGAGUGACAGAACUAUCUGAGGACCAGAAGAGACAACUCAAAGAACAACAAGAGAUGCAAGAGAUGUAUGACAUGAUCAUGAAGCAUAAGCGUGCGAUGGCGGAGAUGCAGGUGAUGUGGGAGAAGGCCAUAAGAGACCACCAACAUGAAUACGACAGUGAUGAAGAGGUGGACCAGCAGGCAGGCACCUGGGAGCAUCGUCUCCGAAAGAUGGAAAUGGAGAAAACCCGUGAAUGGGCUGAAUCUCUGACAGAAAUGGGUAAAGGGAAACACUUUAUUGGUGACUUCCUGCCCCCUGAAGAGCUGGAGAAGUUCAUGGAGACCUUCAAGGCACUCAAGGAGGGCCGGGACCCAGACUACUCAGAAUACAAAGAGUUCAAGUUGACAGUGGAGAAUCUUGGUUUCCGAAUGCUUUUGAAAAUGGGCUGGAAGGAGGGUGAUGGCCUCGGCAGUGACGGACAGGGAAUCAAGGCCCCUGUCAACAAGGGAACCACCGCUAUGAACGGAGCAGGGUUUGGAGUUGACCGUCCAGCCGAGCUCACAAAAAGUGACGAUGAAUAUGAUGCUUUUAGAAAGAGGAUGAUGCUUGCUUACCGCUUCAGGCCCAACCCACUGAAUAAUCCACGGAGACCGUAUUACUGAUGUCGAGGACUGUUUCUGUUUAUGCUUGUUCCUGUUUAUCAUACAGUAACUUUAAAGCUUCAGCAGUUGCCACAGCUUUGUUCAGUGGUGAAAUGGACACUGUUGCACAAUAGAAGUGUGUGUGAAGCCUAGUAGAAAGACUGAUAGAUUCUCCUUUAUGUUUGAGGUUUAAUUUGGAUUUUAAAAAAUCCAAAAUGUUUUUUUUAAAUAAUUGAUUACCUGUUUUGUUAAAUUUCAUGUUAACAACUAAAAAUAUAUAGAUCUACAUUGCCUGACUUCCAUGAUGAUUUCACUCCUCGGCAUAAGUACGUAAGCUUCUGUAUAAUGCUUGCAUUGAAAUAUUUUCCUCACUGCGCUAUACUAUUACUCAUUUUUGCUUCUUUUCACAAUAUUCAGUGUUUUUCAGCGUUCACAAUAAAAAAAAUGGCCACUUC